AGGAAGCCUGGUUGCAAGCUCGUCACCUGCUAUGCUACGUAAGGGGCAGUUACCAGUCCACAGCAAGGUCGACUGUGGCUUUCAGCAUUACCAUUUUCAGUCUUCUGGUGCCAUCUCUGAUACACACAAAAAACCAAACACAUACUCCAUCAGAAUGCAUUACUAGCCUGUAUUUGAGUCAUUUAUCUGAAUUGUCUAAGCACAUACUGUUGCAUGUGAUGAUUUGUCUGAGAGAAAUCUGUAGAGUACAUGCCAGGCUAAAAGUCUGUUUUGUACAUUAUAAAGGUGACCAAACCCCUUUGCUUCCCUCGCUAUCUUCUGAAGAAGCAGAUACAUGUGAUACCACUCCUCUACAAAAUUCUCUCUUUCUCUCUGAAGAAGCAGAUACAGGAGAAAAGAAGCACCUGACUGGACCAAUGGGGCGGGGAAAAAUAGAGCUUAAGAAGAUUGAGAAUCCAACAAACCGCCAAGUUACCUUCUCCAAGAGUCGGACGGGGCUGCUCAAGAAGGCAAAAGAGCUAGCCAUUCUUUGCGAUGCGCAAAUUGUAGUUAUUAUAUUCUCUGGCAGUGGCAAGAUGUGCAAACAUUCAUUUCCAUUUCAUUUAUCAAUAGCAAACAUCUUCGAUCGAUACCUGAAAGCCCCUAGCACCCGUUUCGAGGAGAUGGACAUCCAGCAGAAAAUCAUCCAUGAGAUGACAAAGAUGAAGGAUGAGAGGAACAUGCUUAGGAUCAUCAUGAGACAGUAUACGGGCGAGGACCUGGCUUCACUGAAUUUGCAAGAUCUAGGUAACCUUGAACAGCAGAUUGAGUUCUCGCAGGACAAAGUUCGCCUCCGUAAGGUAACAAGUAGCAAGUCGACAGAAGAGCUUUUUGACCAGCAGCUCCGUUACAUGCGUCACAGGGUACGCUCAAUUCCGUGUUCUUCCAUCUUGAAUCUCUGUUCCAAUUUAUCUUCUUCUGAACUUGGUUGUGUCCAUGAAAAACAACCCGGCGAGCUGAGGCAGCAGACCCAGGCGGCCGAGAUGGCGAAUCCGAAGCUGUUCCCGUGGUGGGAUGUGGGUGGCAGCAGCCAGCUCCACGGCCAGGACGCAGAGUCGUCCAUGACGGCGCUGCAGCUGUCGUCCCAGCUGCACGAGUUCAAUCUCCAGCCGCUGCAGCCCAACCUGCAGGAUGCCAGCCUCCAGGGCUACCUUCGUCGGCUGUGGUGAGGCGCUAUCUGUCGGCUGUGUGCAGCUCUUACUCAACUGUUGAACCUCUGAAGAUGCCAUGCCUGCUUGGAAUUGGAAUGUGUUGGUUGGUCAGUCAUGAAACUGAAUUAUCUGACUUUUUGGUGUGUGGACAUCCGCAGAUUCCGCGGGAGAC